UUUUUUUCUUACUUGCCAUAACAAAGGAGAGAAGAGAGAGUAAUGGCUGAUAAGAAAUUGAUUUCAUCUUCUUCUUCUUCAACUACAUCGAUUUACGAUACUCGUAGUAGUAAUAAUAGUAAUCAUCAUAAUCCACCGUCUUCUUCCGACGAGAUUUCUCUGUUUCUCCGGCAUAUUUUCGACCGUUCUUCUCCUUUACCUUCCUACUAUUCUCCGGCGACGAUGACUACGGUGGUUCACGGUGACCCACAUGCAGAAAACCCGAGACGUUUCGUUUCUCCCCAAACGUCGAAGGUUUUAGUCGGCUCCGGCGUUGGAUCAAGCUCCGCCACCGCGUGUUAUGGUUUCUCCAGGGUUGGUGGUGGUAAUAAUAACAUUGCGCAAGGAAACAGCUCAGGGACUCGUGUUUCGUCUUCGGCAGUUGGAGCUAGCGGGAACGAGACCGACGAGUAUGACUGUGAAAGCGAGGAAGGAGUAGAAGUUGUGUUUGACGAUGAACUUCUCUGCAAGUCUCGUACCUCAUCAAAGAGAUGCAGAGCUGCUGAAGUUCAUAACUUGUCUGAAAAGAAAAGAAGAAGUAGGAUCAAUGAAAAGAUGAAAGCUUUACAAAGUCUCAUCCCUAAUUCAAAUAAGGUAAGAUACAUAUUCAUUCACAUGAAUCAUUUUUCUCUCUUUUGUUUCUUAUUGUCUCUGAAAUAUAUUAUUCAAUGUAAUGACAUUUGCGGGAAGACGGAUAAGGCUUCAAUGCUUGAUGAAGCCAUAGAGUAUCUGAAACAGCUUCAGCUCCAAGUUCAGAUGUUGACAAUGAGGAAUGGGGUAAACUUACAUCCUCUGUGCUUACCUGGAACUACAUUACACCCAUUGCAACUCUCUCAGCUCCUACCUGUGGUUCCUCCAGAAGCAACCAAUGAUUCUCUGUUUAAUCACACCAAUCAUUUUGCUUCCACUUCUAAUGCACCGGCAAUGAUCAACACAGACGCGUUGGAACCUUCCAUUCGCAGUCACUUUGGACCUUUCCCUCUCCUUACUUCACCUGCGGAGAUGAGUGGUGAAGGAGUGUUAACUCAUUCACGGUUAAACGUUGGUCAUUCCAAUACAAACUUAACCGGGAGACAAGCUGCGCUUAAUGGUCAACAACCUGACCUAAAAGAUCGACUUAGUUGAACAGAAGCAUCUCAACUCUGGGUUCUUAUUUCUUAGGAGGCAAGCAACAAAGCCUGUCAAUGAAAAUUCAUUUAGGUUUCUAUUUCCUUAUAAAUCGUUGUUAACACGAACUCUAGAGCCUAGUCUUUGAAUCUAAUUAGCUACUUUAGC